AGUACAUUGGUCAGUAUCGGCGCGUAAUUUGAAUACUUGUUCAGAAUGCAUAGAGAAGGAGGUAGAUCCCAUAGAGCCGUACAGCCGCCAAUCGGAGUUAUUUACAACUUCUUACAGAAGAAAGCACGUGUUAGGGUCUGGUUGUAUGAACAAUGUAACAUGAGAAUAGAAGGCGUUAUAAUCGGUUUUGAUGAGUAUAUGAACCUGGUGUUAGCAGAUGCUUGUGAACGGCAUAUGAAAUCGGGUGCAAAGAAGCAGCUUGGAAGGAUUUUAUUGAAAGGAGAGACCAUUACUUUGGUGGCUCUGUGACUUACAAGUUGUCAUCCCCUCUUCAUACGAUGGUUGGGAUGUUACCCUAGGAUCGCCAACUCGCCGUUCCCUAUUCUGGUUCCACUGGAGAAAUGACCUGGAGCGCGAUGUCCCUCAACGGUCUUUUCGGCUUCUGUCCAAUCUGUUUCCAAUUCCUUCAGCAUAUUUGUUAGGCAAUAAGUUGCUAGUUGUUCCGUUGCCUGUCAGGGUGCCUUUUUGCUGGUCGUUUCUAAUCAUCUGGUUUUCAGUUGCAGCAGCCUGUUGGGAAUGCUUUAGAUGACUCAAGCGCCAAGUUUGUGAACCACAUAGAAGCACUGACUUUACAUUAGCGUCGGAAAUGUAAAUCUUGUUCCAUAUGUCGACUGCAGCAGAUUUCCACGCUCAUUUCAGAUUAACGAAGGUUUUUCUUAUUUUUUCUGAUCCUGACUUAGAAAUCCUCAUCCAUUUCAAAGCAGAGAAAUUGGUAAUGUUGCACUAGGGAC